CCUUGAGGCGUAGGGUUUUCUUUCUCCCUAUAUAUCUCUUCUUUUCUUUUCUCCAUCUGUAGACGCAACCUACAGCCACAGAAUUGAGAAUACCGAAUCUCCAUCGCCACUUCUCUUCCUUUCUCCCUCUUCUUCAUUCAAGAAUUAUUCAAGUAUUAACUGCAUUAUCUGCAGUUAGCAAAAGUGGAGGGUGUUAAGUUUGAAACUUCUUUUAUGUCUGAAAGAGCUUCUCUCUUUCUGUCAUCAAUCGGGCUGCUUGGAGAGUACUGUCCUCCGUCUAGACUCUCUCAUAAAGUUGGCUGCAUGCAUCUUGAGUCAUCACAAGCACACAAGCGCUAUCUGAAGGAUCAUUUUAUACAGCCUGCCCCAUCCAUAGAUCAAGAAAUCCUCAUCGAUUUAGGCUCCUUGUACCACUUCUGAUAAAGCUUAUCGAGCAAAUAUUGUGAAAUUAAAAUGGCUUUGCAAAACAUUGGUGCCGGAAACAAGGAUGAUGCCUUUUACAGGUACAAGAUGCCAAGAAUGAUUACAAAGAUUGAAGGUCGUGGAAAUGGCAUCAAGACUAAUGUGGUGAACAUGGUUGACAUAGCCAAGGCACUGGGCAGACCAGCAUCAUACACCACAAAGUAUUUUGGCUGUGAACUCGGAGCUCAGUCUAAAUUUGAUGAGAAAACAGGUACCUCUCAUGUUAAUGGUGCCCAUGACACUGCAAAGCUUGCUGGACUUCUUGAGAACUUCAUCAAAAAAUAUGUUCAAUGCUAUGGCUGCGGGAAUCCUGAAACUGAGAUUUUGAUCACAAAAUCACAGAUGUUAACCCUUAAGUGUGCUGCGUGUGGCUUUAUCUCUGAUGUUGACAUGAGGGACAAGCUCACCACAUUUAUUCUCAAGAACCCUCCUGAGCAGAAGAAGGGAUCUAAAGAUAAAAAGGCAAUGAGGAGGGCUGAAAAAGAACGCCUCAAAGAAGGGGAAGCAGCAGAUGAAGAGGCAAAGAAACUCAAGAAAGAGGCUGCAAAGAAAAAAGGUUCCUCAAAGGAAGGUUUGUCAAAAAUAUCUAAGAAAAAGGCCAAUAUGUCAGAUGAGGAGCACUCUCCCACUGGUAGCCAAGCUGAUCAGACCGAAGCGCCACCUGCUGACAGUGAUGAUGAUGUUGAAUGGCAGACGGACACCUCCAUGGCAGCAGCCCAGCAGCGCAUUCAGGAGCAGCUGAAUGCUGUUACUGCUAGCAUGGUUAUGCUUUCGGCAACUGAAGAGAAGUCUGGCAAAAGCUCACCAGCACGUGAGGAGAAGCCCAAGGCCGACGGGCAAGGCAGUGGUGUUAACUGUAGUAAUUCCAAAGAGUCGCUUGUUGCACAGACCAAUGGUGUUAAGCAUAGUAAUUCCAAGGAGAAGCUUGUUGAUGCUAAAGAGAGGCUUGCUGAUGAAAUCAAGGAACACCUGAAUAAGGGUUCGUCUGUGGCUCAGCUGAAGUCCUUCUUGGGCUCUAUUUCUGGAACUCAUCAAGACAUCGUUGAUGCAUUGUUUGAAGCUCUUUUUGGUGGAGUUGGAAAAGGUUUUUCCAAGGAGGUGACCAAGAAAAUUUUUUAUCUUGCAGCUGUUUUACAGGAAGAUGGUUCGCAGCUAGUUCUACUACAUGCUAUUGAGUCAUUUUGUGGAAAAUCAAGCUCAGAAGCUGUAAAGGAGGUUGCGUUGGUUCUGAAAGCACUUUAUGACGUUGAUAUGCUGGAAGAGGAGUUUAUUGUGGAGUGGUAUGAGAAGGGAUCGAAAGGUAGCAACAAACUCUCCCCAAUCUGGAAGAAUGUUAAGCCAUUUGUGGAGUGGCUGCAGAGUGCUGAAUCUGAAACUGAGGAUGAGUAACUUAAUGCACGAGUGGUUCUUUUUCCCUUUGAUCUAUUUAUGAUAUGGUCUCUAGUGCAGUUGUGUCCGUUUACGUCAACCAAUAAUGUUGUUUUUGUUAGCCAAAUUAUAUAGGUUUUUGAAACUAGAUGUCCAAUGCACCUUCGCUUUUGGUGCUGCAAAAUAAAGCAGUAUUUUGCUGGUGUCGUACUGUUCUGUUUAGAGACCUGGUCAUUGCUGUGUGUGUUUGCUUAUUUUAUCAAAGCACUGUAUUUGCUUUCUGUGUCCUAUGUUUCUGUGUUGUCUCUCCAGCUGUGGCUCUUCAAUGAAUGUUUUGUUCAAUUAAUGGUUCGUUAUGUCUUC